CCUUUUCUUUUUCUUUUUCUAAUUUUUCAAAAUUAACGGUCAAGAUCUUAUAAGCUCAUCUUCUCGUACCAAAGUUCACAAAUCUCUCUCUCUCUCUUCUCACUUUUGAUGUAGUUGGAAGCUUUCGUUUUGGGUUUUCUCUCUCUACUUUCUCUCUAUAAACUGAGGUUUGGUGGGAUUGAUCUGUAAAUUUAAUGGUUGUCGGACUAGUUUGGUGAGGUGGGUUUUGGUUGAAUUUGUGUCUCGUUUUUUUGAGAGGUGACAGAGCUAAAAAUGGAGAGAGACUUUAUGGGUCUGAACUUAAAAGAACCAUUGCCUCUUGUUAAGGAAGAGGUUAAUUCUGAUGGAUACAAAGAGAUAGGAUUUAAUAAGGGUUCAGGGAUACACUGGCCUUUCUCCAACAAGGUCUCUGCCCUUCCUCAUUUGAAUUCUUUCAAGGCUUCCCAAGAAGAUAAGGCCAAAAGGCUUGUAUCUGAUUCCUCAUUGUCUCCUGGAUUCUUGUCCAUCUCAACUGCUGAUGCAUUUGAUUCUAAGCAAAAGCAAUUUAUGGCUGAAACCCAGAAAUCGUUCAAUCACGACAGGCAAAGUGGGAGUCAUUUUACUUUGACUGCUUAUCCUGUGCAACAUGGUGUGCAUUCUAUGCAUCAUCCUCAUGACAUGAAGAUGUUUCCAUUCUCCAACUAUGCAAGUUCAAUUUCCAUGAGCAACCCUUUCUUCAAGAAUUAUCAAGCCACCUCUGGUCAGAAUAUUGCUGGUGCUACACUGAACCCUCAAUUACUUGGAGGAAUUCCUGUCGUAAGUCCACAAACAAAUCUUCCUACUGUUGGCUUUGUGACUGGGAUGACAGAAUCAUGCGUUAAAGCUUCUCGGUCUCCUCCUCAAAUGACCAUCUUUUAUGCUGGCACAGUGAAUGUGUAUGAUGAUGUAUCACCUGAGAAGGUCCAGGCUAUCAUGUUCUUGGCUGGAAAUGGAUCUUCUAUCUCCUCUAACAUGGCACAGUCGAACAUCCAAGUGCAGACACCAAGCUCAAAGCCUAUAGCAACUGAUGUUAGUCCUGUGAACCUCAGUGUAACCAUACCCCCUUGCUCCCGUCUCUCAAGCCCUGUAUCUUUUUCUUCACAAACUGGUGCUCAGUCUGGGAGUGGGUCCACUAGUACUGAAGAAAUAAUGGCAGCUAAAAACACUGGAGUUGCAACCACUCCUGUCAGUAAACUAGAAACUCCAAAAAUUUCAAGUGCAAUGGGAACUGUUACUGCGACAUCCAUGAUGCCAUCUGCAGUUCCCCAGGCUCGUAAGGCAUCAUUGGCUCGGUUCUUGGAGAAGCGCAAGGAGAGGAUGAUGAUUUCAGCACCAUACAACCUUGGCAAGAAAUCUGCCGAAUCUGCUAUCCAGAAUCCAGUGAUGGUCUCUUCUGCAACCUCUGCAGUGGGAACCUGUUAUCUCCCAGCAAGCAAGGAGGGUAACGACAACAAACAAGUUAGAGGGAAUCAUUGCAAUUGAUGUAGUAAAUUAAAGAUGUAAGCACCUUUAUUUUUGUUUUGUUUUAAACUAGAAUUAUUGUAGUCCUUAUUUUGAUUUCAAAACUUAAGGUAUAUGUUUAUAUAUAUAUAUAUAUAUACAUAGACAGAGAGAAAGAGAGAGCUCGAGUAGGAUCGAGCGUUUCCCUUUUUUCUUUUGUUCCCCAUUAUGUUAAUCCAUAUGGAUUCUAUGAUUCAACGAUGACAUCGAGUACAUUUUGCAGCUACAUGUAACUUUUGUUAUAUUGUGGAAAUAAAAACCAAAUUUAGAUCA